AUGGCACAAGUCCUCUGGGAUACAUUGCAAAAUAUGCUUAAGACAAUGUUGGGUGACAGAUUUAAGGACAAUGAGGAUGGAGAGAAGCAAAGUGUUCGACAUGAGAACACCAUGCUCAACACUCAAGCCACUGAAAAGGUGGAGGCAUCCAUUAAAGGAAAGAAAGCGAGAUUCGCCAGUUACCAGGUGUCUACUGAGGAGAGAAAGAUGGGUCGCUUCAAAGACGGCCUGAGAAUUGAAAUCAAAUGGUACGUGGACAUGACUAAACCGAUCACAUUUGUCCAAGCAGUGGAGAUGGUGAAGGUGACUGAAGAGAACAACGCUAGGGAGAACAAUGAUAAACGAGACGCAAAAAGAAGAUGGGAAGGAUCAAACAAGUUCAAUAAGAAAUCAAAAUGGACUCCAACUCUGGCAAAAUCACGAAGCGAGGAAUUCACUAUUCCUCCAUUUAAGGCGAGUAGGUGUCUGCGGAAGGGAUGUGUGGCUUACUUGGCAUACACCAUCGACGUCAAGCUCAAAAAGAAGGCAAUGCAGGAUGUUCCAGUGGUAAAGGUUUACGCAGAAGUAUUUCUGAAUGAAUUGUCGGGAAUAGCACCGAAACGUCAAGUAAAGUUCCGAAUCGAUUUGGUACCAGGUGCGACACCAAUCGCAAGGGCGCCUUAUUGUUUAGCCCCAACAGAAAUGCAAGAGUUGAUCAAACAAUUACAAGAACUCUUAGAUAAAGGGUUUAUCAGGCCAAGCUCGUCACCAUGGGGAGGGCCGAUAUUAUUCGUCAAAAAAAAUGGUACGAUGAGGAUGUGCAUCGAUUAUCGGGAGUUGAACGAAACCACGAUAAAGAACAGAUAUCCAUUGCCAAUGAUCGAUGACCUCUUCGAUUAG